AUGCCCAAUUCAUCGUCUUUACUGCUACUUUUAUCCAGCAAUCUCUUUCUCCAAUCAACCCUUGCUCUCUCCCUCAGUCUAUUACUCCACUUCAUUAAGAUCCCCGCACUUUUCCUCUCAGGCCUUUUCACAUACGUCCACCCAGAUGAUGUUACCCCCACGAACCCAAAUGGUGUUCGGGCAGCCAUUCGUAGGCCAGGUAGUACGAAUGAUAAUUCUGAACUUAAACCCAGAAAAAAAUCCAAGGAAAGAUUUGAGUUUGAUGAAAAUAAAGCUCAGAUUUUUAGGUUAAAGCUUAAUGACAGUCAUCUUCAUACAAGGAUAUAUUUCAAUGAUUUUUGUGGGGCUUUUAAUUCUGUUAUUGUUUCUUGUUCUUGCUUGUUGCUUCAUCAAUUCUUGGCGAAAUCUGAGGAAUCUGGUGUGUUAAAGAACGGUUCUUUCAUUCCCAUUUUGUUAGGAUUUUUGGGUGUUUGUAGGGUUUUUGUUUUGAUCUUUAGGAUUUCUUUUGAAAAAUCUGCAUCUAAGCUGUCUGAGAAGCACUUGAGUGUUGUUUUGGGCUUUUUGGGUUUUAUUGUGGCGCUUGCAUUUGUACAUGGGGCAGUUCCUAAAUGGAGUUUUGAUGUUCAUUUUGAAACAAUCCAUGGGUUUGAGAAGUUGUUUAUUGCAGUUUUAAUGGGCUGCAUUUCUUGGUUUUUGUAUAUGCCAGCUGUGAGGAUUGCUCAUGCCUUUUGGCUCGGGACUGAUCAGCUACGCUGCAAUUUAUCCAUUAUUUCUUGUGGAUGGUUUGCUCGAUUGCUUCUUCAUGCUAACUAUUUGUCCAUGGUUUUGACCUCAUUGCUUUGGGUGAAACCCUUUGCUGACCUACUUAUUGAUCAAAAUGCAAGAGUUGGACAUGUUAGGGAUUUGGUUGGAAAUGUGGGUAUGAAACCGUCAGAAUUCAGUAGCUUUAGGCGCUGGUGUUUGUUGGUUUCGAGCCUUUUGCAGAUUGUAUCUCUGCGAUCAAAUGUGCAGAUGUACUUGAACGAAGCAGUUUUGUGCUGGUACCAGAGACUGCACGCGAGCAAAGUUCCUGACUUGGGUUAUAGUAGGGCCAAGGUGUUCCUGCACAAUCACUUUGUGUGCUUAGUGGUUCUGCAAUUUUUUGUGCCUGCAUCGAUGGUAUUUCUCUUCGUUGGCUUGUCUCAAGUUGGUGGCGACUUGAUUACAGAUUUCCAAGGGAUAUGUAGCUUAUUGCCUUGCUCACUGCUGGACAAAGAGGUGGCAUUGUUUCUGGCCUGGUGGGUUCUCUUUGUUUGGACCAUUUAUACUUCAGCAACUCUUGCUCUAUUUAGACAGGGAAUCUUAUAUGUCUCUUGA